CGAGGACAAGGAGAAGGAAGCUUAGGAUGAGGAGGAAGAAAAGCAGCAGGAGCAUCUUUGGGGAUCUCUAUGAUCUCAUUGAGAGGCGGCGGCGAGAGGUGGGACCUCGGCUCAUCCAGCUGGACAGCCUGACCAGGAGGAGUCGAACAUUAACUCUGCUCUUCCAGGGCACCCUGCAGACUCGGCUGCUGGCAACAGCGAGGGAGUGCGGCUGCCGCUGGGAUGACGUGAACGCCAAACUGGAGUCCAUCACAGGUCGACUGCAGCUCCUUGUCUCAGAGUGGGAGGGAUUUGAAGCACAAAGGGAGGAGCUUGUCGUUUGGUUGGCUGAUAUGGAUGUCCACCUGAGGUGUUUCCAGCUGACAGGAAACACCUGUGAAAAACUGAAACAACUGCAGGUGUGGGCUUGUUUUGAUAUGACAUAUUUGAUAUGAUACAUACGUCAGAGACAUUAUCCUAAACUGGACUAAUAAAGGACCAUGAGUCCAACAUGAAACUUACCUUACAUAAGGUAAGGCUGAAGUUCAUUUAUAAUUUUAAUCAAAAACUUGUUGUUGAAAUAUUUUUACUGAACAUGCAAACA